AGGCAAUGGACAUUAUUAUUGAGCCGCGCAUCGUGAUUGACUGGUAGAUUCGGGGAUUGUAAUCAUUUUUGCAAGAAUUAACUAUCUGAUCAGCGAAGAUAGCAUUGUGCCCUUGCCUCGAGAAUGUCCAUUGCGGGAUUGGGAGCGUAUAUAAAAAGAAUGUCAUAUAAGGAAAGAGGCCAACGCGAUAGACAAUUUGAGAUAGGAUCUUCGAGAAAAGUGGCCCUAGCACUAUCAGGUUGGAAGAUCAAGCAACUCGACAAAGCUCCUUCAUCAUCGACUUGGACUCAUAAAAUUAAAUAUGGUGACCCAAAGAGGACGAACUCUAGGUCUUUGCAUCCGAAUUUGUUUGAGCACCAGUUCGGAUGUCCCGGAGAGCCUACCCCUUCCGAGGACUUAAGUAGAACUCAGGAACAGGGCUGCAUUCCACCCGCCGAGUUUCAAAUGGAGAAAGCACGAAGGCAAAUCUCCAAUAUGUCGUUUCCAGUAUUAUACCUUUUAGUUUCGUCCCUCAUUGUAAUAGUCGCAUAUAUCGUCCCUCCAGCUGGUCAUUUCUGUCCGCCACCAAGAAUGAGAUUGACUCCAAGGAAUACGAGGUGCGGACGCGGUAUAUUCUGUCGACUACUCCACUGAUCGAUGGUCACAAUGACCUCCCACAUCUAAUGCGAGAGCAGCUCAGAAACAAGAUAUAUCUAUUUAGUUCCAAAGAUGGGGUUUGCAGUCGCACUGACAUUGCCAAAGUGACGAAGGGCCUGAUGGGAGAGCAGUGACAACGCAGGCUGCACCGGUUGAACCUGGAAUUAACGAUCCAAAA